GGGUGGGAGACACCCUGCACCUUGCACCCUGCACCUUUCCCCCGCAUUCCCCAUCGCGGGGUUAAGUUGGAGAUCUUUGCCCCGCUCAUCGUGGUCGCCAACCUUCUUCCUGAAAUCGCAAAUUGUACACGUACUAGAGGAUGGCGCAGGAACAGCGACUCCGCCCUUCCGCGAUCGCCGGAUCUACUGACUCUGCGGCACCUUAGUCGUGGAGCUAGCCGUGGCGGUUUGGGGGUGAGCAACAGCCUGUUCGUUAUAUGUGAGACCCAGUCGUGGUUGUGGUUGAAGCACCGUGAGAGCUUUUGUUGAGAGCUUGUAGAGUAUCGUCAAUAACAUUCUUUACUUUGACUGUAGUUACUUGAAUCCAAAUCCAACCACAUAUCAAUCCCCUCAGAACUUCUUCACGAUGAGCCCGAGCAUCCCCAAGACGCAGAAGGCGGGUCAGUGGGAUCCGCAAUUGCAGAAGGUCGUCAUCAACGAGAUCCCCGUACCGCAGCCCGGCCCCAAUGAGUUCCUCGUCAAGAUCCGGUCGGCGUCGCUCUGCCACAGCGACAUACUGGCCACCAAGCAGGUAACCAAGCCGACAACUCUAAGCCACGAGGGCGUCGGAUACAUCGUGUCGUCGCACCCGUCGGCCGAGGGCAAAGGGUUCAACACCGGCGACCCCAUUGGCUUCCUCUACAUCACCGGCUGCUGCUUCGAGUGCUCCGGGUGCCACCUCCACAACCUGCACUGCGAGACGGGCAAGCAGCUCCUGCACGGCUUCACGACCGACGGCUACUUCCAGGAGUACGCCGUCGUCGACUACCGCAACGCCGUCGUGCUGGACGAGAAGAUCUGGGACAUGACGCGGGCAUCGCCCGUCUUCUGCGCCGGCAUCACCGCCUUCCACUCGGUCGACAGCUGCGAGCUGCAGCCGGGCCAGUGGUUCGGCAUCGUCGGGUGCGGCGGCCUGGGCCAGUACGCGACGCAGUACGCCAAGGCCAUGGGCCUCAAGGUCGUCGGCAUCGACGUGGCCGACGCCAACCUCGAGGAGACGCGGAGGCUGGGCGCCGACGCCGUCUUCAACUCGAGGACGAACCCAAACUACCUCGACGAGAUCAAGGAGCUCACCGGCGGCGGCUGCCACGCCGUGGCCGUCUACACAAACGUCAACGCCGCCUUCACGGGCGUGCCUGCGCUCAUCCGGCUCGGCGGCACCAUGAUGGUCAUCGGCAUCCCGCCAGAGCCGCUCCAGAUCAGCGCCAUGGACCUGGUGCUCGGCAAGUUCAAGAUCAAGGCUGACAGCACGAGCAUCCCGCAGCGGAUGAAGAAGGCCGUCGACUUCACGGCAAAGCACCGCAUCAUGCCCAACGUGGAUGUCCGGGAGGGCCUAGAGUCGCUGCAGGGUAUGAUUGACGAGAUGAAGCAGGGGAAGAACACCAAGAGGACGGCCAUUGUAUUUAACUAGGUGGUCGGUUGGUGGCUAUUAGUAUCUCCAUAAAAGAGGUAGAUGACUUGAUGUGAUGAAUGACAUGUACAUAUUUUACAUAGAUAG